AGAUUGCAUUUCUCAGGCGGAAGAGAGGGCAGCAGCGUUCGGCUGCCGUGGGGCUGGCGCUCUCGCUUUCCGUGGGGAGCGCGCCAGGACGAAAGCAGCACCCAGGCUGCGCUUAAAGCCCGUCGCCCAUUUCUCUGCAAGCUCCUUUCUCGCAGAAACGCUGUCCCUUUUCCGGCAUGUCUGUUGAACUGGAAGAAGCCGACCUCCCGCUGACGGAGGCGGAAGAAGCGCCUCUGGCCCCCGAGAAGAAGGGCGCUUCCAAAAAAUCGAAAGGCGGCGGCGGCGGCGGGUCCGCUCUGUCCCCAUCCAAGAAGAAGAAAAACAGCAAGAAAAAGAACCAGCCGGGCAAAUACAGCCAGCUGGUGGUGGAGUCCAUCCGCAAGCUGGGCGAGCGCAACGGCUCCUCGCUGGCCAAAAUCUACAACGAAGCCAAGAAAGUGGCCUGGUUCGACCAGCGGAACGGGCGCACCUACCUCAAGUACUCCAUCAAGGCGCUGGUGCAAAACGACACCUUGCUGCAGGUGAAGGGGACGGGCGCCAACGGCUCCUUCAAGCUCAACAGGAAGAAGCUCGAGGGGGGCAGCGAAGGGGGCGCCGGCGGCGGCGGCGGCGGCGGCGGCUCCCACGCCAAGUCGCACAAGAAGGCGGUCGCUGUGCCCGCUUCGCGCAAAGUGGAGAAGAAGCCCGUCGCCAAGAGCAAAAAGCUGGAGAAGAAGUCGCACAAGAAAGGCGCCGGCGGCGGGGCCGCCAAGAAGGAGAAGGUGAAAGCCAAGAAGACGGCCAAGAAAAGCGCCGCCGCCCCCAGCGCGAAGAAGGUGAAGAAGUCCGCGAAGCCCAAGGCGCUCAAGAGCAGGAAAUGAGCCCCCGCCCGGGAGCGGGGGGAGCGGGCACUUUCCCUCGCCCGCCGCCCAGGACGAUUGAGCCCCGGCACACGGACUUCGCUCGAAGCACAGAGCCACGUUUCCCGCUUCGGCUUCGUUUCCGCAGCUUUUCAUUUUCGUUUUUUUCGGGGGAGGGGGCGGGCUGGGCUGGUUCGGUAGCACUCUUUCCUCCGUAAGCACCAUUCCGUUCAUGGGUCCCGUUUUCGUUCAUUGGAGGGGAGACGGCACUGCGCUUCUGCCCUUCCCCUUUAAAAGCAAGACAGAUCCACCGUGGGACGGUUAUGUCAAUGGGGACUAGCGCCGGCUUUGGCGGUUGGUGGUUUUUUUUAUAUAUAUAUAAAGCAGCUGAGAAGGUCGCUCCCGCGCUCCCGCAGGACCCCCCUCGGGCGGCCGGCGGCCCCUCCCUGCCGCCCGCUCCCACUUCUUGCGGGCAGGGGGCGGCCUUCGGGGCGGCAUCGCAAAGUUGGAGCGGUCGCCGUGGCCGCGAGCGCGGCGGCGCUAUGGCAACGGGCUCGGUGGCUGCAAGCGGCUGGGCUUCGCCUGCCUUUAAAACGAGCCACUUUUCCCGGGCGCACGGAGGGGCGGGCCGGGGCGGUGGGGGGGCCGGCUGGCCGAGCGGCGCCCGGGACCGGCGUGGCUGGUCUUGCUGGAGGGCCCUGCAGCCGCUGCAGGCGCGGGGGAGGCGGCCCGGUGGUCCAAGGUAGGGAGGGCGGGAGGGGUAGGAGGGCAGUUCUCCCCUGCGAGGCCUCUUACUGCCUUGUCUUCAGUUGCCUUUUUUCCCUGUGUUUUUGUUUGUUCGGGUUUUUUGUUCAAUAAAUUGUUUAAAACAGUU